AUGGGAAGUUGUCUUUCUGAAAGGAUUCUUCCCGAGCCGCCCAGCGAGUCGCAAAUUGAGUUGUUGAAUGACCUCCGGGUCACAGUGGAAGUGGACUUGGGCAGCGGAUGGCAGGCGCUGGGCUCCUGGCAGUCUCGCGCAAUGGCGAGGCACGGCUUUGGGAUCCGAGUCCAAGAUGAUCCAACAGUUUCGCGGAUCGACCUCCGCGAGGACUUGCAGGUCUGCCACGUCUCCAGGGAUUUGGGCUCCUUCAGCCAGCAACUCAUGGCUCAGGUGAGGAGGCAGUGGUCUGAAAUGUACCUGCAAGAUGACGCAGGUGGCGAGCUUCACUUAGUGAAUGACCUUGAAGCGCUGGUGGAGGUCGACUUGGGCGACGGAUGGCGCCUCCUGUACCCCAAGCAGAGUCGACGGAUUGCCGCAUCCGAGGCUUGCAGAAUCCGGUUGCUGGAAGCCCCGUCGGUGACCUCCGCGGUAGAUCUGCGGCUCCUGGAGCCACGUUCCCUGCGCACGUCCGAGGAUCUGGGAGACUUCAGCUCGAAAGCUAGCAGCUGGGUGCGGAAAGAGCGAAGCGCCGUCGCGAAAGAAGACAAAGAACGCGAGGAGCGGAAGAAAAUGUUGGAAGAGAAGGCCGAGCGGAGGGCCCGAGCACAGGCAGUGUUCGAAAUGUGCGCCCUAGCGGCAAUUCAAGCCAUUGCGAUACUUAGCGCGGACCUCGGCGGUUUGAUGGCGUGUGCCGCGUUUGGCAUGACGCUGUACUUUAUGCUUCUUCACCGGGUUUUAAGGAGCCCACCCGUCAAGAUCUCUCGAGCUGUGCGGCGUGUCUUGCUUCUGUGCUUCACGGUGCUCGGGAUGAUGGCGCCGGUGCUUGUGCUUGCGCUAGCUGGCAAUGUCGAAGAAUGGCUUCGCUAUGUGCUCCCUCUCUCGCCAUGCGCCUUUGUGGGGAUGUUGGCGAGUUUACUAUUGCCAGGCGGCAAGUGGCGCAAGAAAUUGAGCCGCAGAGCCCACAGAGAGCUCCGAGAAAAAUGUAUUGUUUUUGAGGGCACGGUGCGCGCAGAGCACGGUUACCCCUGCAUCACUUCGUGGCCAGGAAAGUAUGCCACAGCGUGGGACCGCUUGGUGGAGAGUGCUCGAGGAGGGACAACCAGCGCUGCCGUGGUCUUUCUUCCAGAUGGUACAAGGAACUACGGGAAACAUUGCCGCAUCCCACAAUCCGAAGGUUUGGUGGGUGAUUGCUGGUGCAGCCCUGUGUAUGGAGAGAAGAAGCCUUGGGGCUGCCUAUGGUGGUCAUUGUGGAUUGCCAAUGUCGAGAAGGCCGUUCACGCCGGGGCCGAUCUCCAUGUCUACUUUUUUGAGCAAGCUUGCGGCAAGGGUAAGGUACUGAACUUUGACUCUGCCGGCCAAGAAAAUCUGCGGCGCGAGGCCAUUAACAAGCGAAUGAGCAGCUUUGAGGCGUCUGAAGAGUUUCAGUGCUCCCAAGAAGCGGGGAUCGAUCAUCUUUGCAGCAAGAAACGCUACGACUCCUCCUCUCAGCAUAGCAGGGAGAAGCAGCGGCUGUUUUUGCAGUGGCUCCCAGCGGAGGAUCGGAGCUGUUUGGAGGAGUCGGAAGGUCUCGGGAAUUCGCAGAAGGCGGAAGUGGCCUGGCUCGAGCGGAAGGGAUAUCCAUUCACGGAGGUUGACAUCUGCAAAUGGCUGAGAGAUGAUUGCAAGGGCGAUGAAGUGACAGAAGUGGGAUUGAACAAGCAUGAAACGAUCAGAGUCAAAGAGGCUGACGAUGCUACCCAAGGUAGCUUCCCCCCGUUUCACGCCAUGGCCAAAAAGAUGCUCUUGGGCUCGACAAUAUGGAUACGGCUUUUCACAGGAGACCUCUGGUUUAAUCUGGAUGUGCGUCCAAAUCAGGGAACCCCAAAAGAACUGGCGGCGGCGCUCCUUUCGGUUUCCCAAAUAGAAAAAACCAACCCCAAACCGGGCACCAAGCCUCAGACAACCAGAGCCACAGCCAUAUUAUUGAGCAGAUUGGUUUGA